ACAGCUUGCAGCUAGGGGCUCUCCUGGAAGGCAGAUUCACCGAAAGGCAGCAGCAGCUCUCAGGGCAGGCUGCAAAGGCAAGAGCAGCAGUGCUCCCCCGCAGAAGGCAGUGUUUAGAGUUAUGCCCCUACAUUUUCUGAGAGCCUACAGGUUUUCCAGCAGGAACCCAGGGCUUUCAGAGCAAACUGCUGGGGAGAAAGAGUCCAGGCAACCCUAGGCAACUCCUUUGAGAAGUUUUCCCAAACAAAAAAUCUUUCUAAACAGAUUUGGAAAGCUAUUUUGUUUGUAUGGAAGGCUUUGCUUUGCAGCUCCCUGGUGCUACCCAACGCCUCCCUGUCUCCCACCCCCUCCUCACUUUUAAUUUUCAAUCGGAAGGACAAACAAUGACAGCCAUGCAAAGGAAAACCCGAGCUUUGUAGAGCUUUUGCCUGGCGUGGGCACUCUCGCAGGCUGUGUCUGGCUGCUGUUACCCCAGCCUUGGUGCUCCCCGUCGCCAGCUGCCCCUGAGCCGCUCACCCUCACCCAGAGCUGGGCGAUGCUCAGCGAGGGAGAGCAGCCCAGCCAGAGGGACCCAGCACAGAGCCAGGCGCGGGGCGGGCUCUGGCUCCAAUAAUACAUCCCUGCCCAAUGGAAAGCGUUUCCUACAGAGACCCCCAAGGGUUCCCCCUGCCCACAGCCCCUGCACAGACAUUGGGCCCAUUCUUGUGUCCCGUUUCCCAAGACACGACGGCUGCAGCCUUCAGCAGUUUUGUUCCCUCCCCGAACAAAGGAACGGAGAGAGCUGCCGGGAGCUUUGAGUUUUAAAGAUGAACGGCAAACUUUUAGGAGCAAGAGCACGCAGAUCUUCCCUGUGGGACUAGCUCGGCGUUGGCUCCACGCACAAGAAAAGGAUAAAUGGGGGCUGUCAGGGGGGAAUCGGUCCGAAAUCCGCCAAGCGGCUCGGUGCCACGGGCGUGAUCUCAGCCCCGGCCGCUCUGCCCCGAGUAUUGCAAUGAGACAGAAAAUGUGAAAAACUGCACCUUCCAGUUUUCUGAGAGACAGCAGCAGUAACGUUAGCUGCGCCUGAGCUCUGCAGCCCGCACCGGAGAGAGGACGCACCCCCAGCUGUAAGAUGGUUGCCCUCCUCCAGCCUGUGACCUCGUGGCUGGAGCACAAGAGGAGGAAUUAAGGCAAUUUUACCCAAACCUUCAGCCAGAUCCUGGGGAAAGGGAGCAGGAUAGGAAGGAUGAAAGGAUUUGCAAUGAAGACAUGGUAGCAGGGUGUCAAACAACCUUCCUGGAAUGCAUUUCUUCAGGAAGAAAAGAGAUCCCUGCCUUGUUUUAUGGAUGGCACUGAAGUAAACUUUGAAGUUCUUUGGAAGCACAUCACAAACUUGGCAUGGGAAACCACAGCAACAAUCAUACCUGUUUGACAGAUGAUUCCUUCAAGUACAACUUGUAUGGAGCUGUGUACAGUGUGGUCUUCAUCCUUGGUUUAAUUACCAACUGUGCCUCCCUCUUUGUUUUCUGCUGUCGGAUGAAAAUGCGAAGCGAAACGGCCAUUUUCAUGACAAACCUGGCAGUUUCAGACUUGCUGUUUGUGUUCACUUUGCCUUUUAAGAUCUUUUACAAUUUCAACAGGCAUUGGCCUUUCGGAGAUAGCCUGUGCAAGAUUUCUGGUACAGCAUUUCUCACCAACAUCUACGGUAGCAUGCUGUUUCUCACUUGCAUUAGCGUUGACCGUUUCCUCGCUAUCGUCUAUCCAUUCCGAUCUCGUACCAUAAGGACCAGAAGAAAUUCAGCCAUAGUCUGUGCUGGUGUUUGGAUAUUGGUCCUCAGCGGUGGAAUUUCAGCUUCAUUGUUUUCCACAACCAACAUCUCCAACUCCAGCACAACCUGUUUUGAAGGUUUUUCCAAACGUAUCUGGAAAACCUAUUUGUCUAAGAUCACUAUAUUUAUUGAAGUGGUAGGAUUCAUAAUUCCUUUGCUACUCAACCUUACGUGCUCUUCUUUAGUUCUCAGGACUCUCCGGAAACCUGCCACCUUGUCUCAGAUCGGGACAAACAAAGAGAAAGUAUUGAAAAUGAUCAUUGUGCAUGUGGCCAUUUUCGUCGUGUGCUUUGUGCCUUACAAUUCCAUACUCUUCUUGUAUGCCCUUGUGCGGUCCCAAGCGAUAGCAAACUGCUCCUUGGAGAGGUUUGCGAGGACAAUGUACCCAAUCACAUUGUGCAUUGCAACAAUGAACUGCUGCUUUGACCCAUUCAUCUAUUACUUCACAUCAGAAUCUUUCCAGAAAUCUUUCAACAUAAAGACCCAGAUAAAAAUGGAUUCUCUUUUCAAGACUGAGACCCCUCUAACAAAGACUGCACUACCAGCACCACAGGAUGAAAUAAGUGACCAAGCUAUUACAAAUGGGGGAGAUCCAACAUCUGAAUCACAUUUCUAGUGCCAUGUUUACACAUGGAGUUAUCCCCCAUUACUUUUUGAUUAACACCAUGUGUGAACUAGUUCUUUCAGAGCAUAUGGGUUCCUGCAUGGCACUAAUGAAGAAAAGCUACUUGGGGAUAACUAUACAGGUAGACAAAUUGUUAUACUGGGAUUGCCCCACCAGAUGUGACAGGCAAGCAUUACAUAAAAAUCCUGGUGGACCUCUUUGGAGAGCAUGGAUAGCUGACAAAUGCACCAGCUAAGAAAGGAACAGAACAGAUUCCUUAACCUAAUAUGCCAACAUUUGGUAUUUUUUUCCCCCCAGUGGUUAACAUAGGACCAGUUGGGAAAUAUAAAUUUUAUUUUUUCUUAGAGAUCUGUCAAUAUUUCAUGCCUUCUGGAAACGCAUCAUCAUAUGUUAACUCAAUAACUUCACACAAUAUGUAUGUUUGCUUAAAAAGGCAUAAUAAAAGCUUUUGGCUUUUCCUUAUUUCACUAUAAGAGUAUAUAGAUCCUGGCUUUACUAGGUACAGGCAUAUUAAGUUUAUUGUAUGAAAAGGUUUGGAAUGUAAAUAAUUGUUUUGAAAGUAGGCAGAUCAGUUACUUGAUAUAAAAAAGUAAUGAUGAGGUUUUAAAAUAAGUUUCAUUUUUGUAAGAUUAACAUGUCUUGUAAUUUAUUUUAAAUGACAUCUCUAGGGAGAAUUAAAGAGCACAUUACUGCUCUGUUGCACCUGGGUUUUUACAUCCCAGGAGAUUAUGGGACUUAGCCCAUAAAGUCAGCUGAAGGAAAGGGCCUGAAACCCCAGAGUUCUUGCCAGGCCAAGUCUCUUAUAUGGAAAUUGCAUGCAGCUGAAGGGCUGAAGAACCUUGGAGUACUGACCUAACAAAAAAGCAUGUUUGGAUACAGAAAAUUGGUGUCAGCGCAUCCAAUUAACAGAAGAUCUUGUGAUUGCUUGCUGGUUUGCCUUUUUUUUUUUGGCUACACAAUCAACUAAUUAAACUAGGUCUCAAAAUAACUCCAAAAGAAGAGUAAGUAAAAACAAGUUAGUCACACACUUCCUAGUUGCAGCAAUGUUUUCUUGUUUUGCAAUUAAUUUAUUACAUAGCCUGCAUUUCCUUUUAUAGAUAUAGAUUAUAUAAAUAUGUAGAAAGUUAACUGUUGUUGCAUUUUACUAUGUGGUUCAUUUCUCCAGCUGUUGUUUCACAUUUCAAGCUAUACUGACCUUAACAGGCCAAUUCAUUCUCAAGUGUAUGACACAAAUGAGGAAACCAAGUAAACCUGAAAAAGUAUUAAGUUAUUACUUGUUAGAUCAGUAACCUACAUUUUCCACAGUAUAGCAUAACACUACUUCUAGGACUAUAUGGCCAAAAAAGACAAAAUAUUAAUUGAACAGAUGUUUUCCACUCAGCCAUUUAUCUUACUUCCCUCAGAUCAAGUCUCAUGAGAUACUGAGCUACACAAGCAUGAUUACUUCUUAAAGCAAUCAGUUUUUAAGAAGUGUGAAAAGAAUUCAGCUGCAAAGAAAAAUGUUGUUUUAAAAGGGAAUAUUUAUUAAUACAUUCACUUUGAAUUAAAAAAAAAGGUCUUCCCAAACUAGCUUACCAAGCCUAAAACAAGCCCUUGAAGUCACUAUUUAACCCCUAAAUGGCUGCCACUUAUCUACUGCCCCAGCUGUUGGCUCUUACUGCAGAAAAGUAUAUGAUUAACUCAUUAUGUGCAGAGUACUACAGCACCCAAACUAUUCCACCUCAGCUUUGAGUUAUGGUCAUGUUCACUAGAAGCUUGCACACAAGACUUAGGAGCUUUUUGCUGCAUAUCAAACUUAGACAUCACUUUAGAGCAGAAAAGAAAGGUGAAAACAAGCAGAGAUAUUCAAACCCAUUGGUGGAAUAAAACAGAUGUGGCAGGACAAUGGCACAGUUACAAUAAAUUAAUUACAAUAAGUUUGUCAGCAGCUGGGAAAAGUUUACCUCAACUAGAAACAGUGAGCUGUGUUUUUAGAAGCAUCAGUAUUUGCUGAACACCUCUGCUUGUCCUCUUACACUGAAAAACACUGAAAACACAAGACCCCAACAUCUGAUUUUAACUAGCUUUGCUCUCUCAUCUGCCUCCUCCCAAUAUUCCUCACUAAAUCCACCAGCAUGGCCCUGUAAUUCGGCACAGUCAUUUAACCAUGCACUAAGUGAAAGUCCAUGCCAUGCCCCUUUCCUUCCCAUACAGGCCUGAACUAUUUUAAACUUUUAAAGUUUUGUAUUUCCUUUGGCUGAUGAGCCUGUUUCAACACUUGCCAUAAAAUGUAUACAUUUCAGAGAAGCUGUUUCCAUAACUUCAGAUCAAAACGCAGAGCGAGGCGAGGGGCAGGGUUUUCCAUGCACAGCACUGCCUUCUGAGGGCUGGGAGACAUCCCAAGCUGGGCAAGAGGGAUGGGGCACCCAGCCCCACUGCCCCACCAUUGAUGGGUACUUGAAAUUGGCACUGGGUGAGACGAGUGCUCUAUUCACAGGGGUGGGAGAGAGAAAGAAAAACACAGAAUACACUAAAAAGCCGAGGUUACAGUACUGAAGAUUCAUUUCAGCCUUUUGGUAAGAAAAAUACAUGGCACAUGAGUACAUGCUCUUGUCCACAGUGCAAAAAGCCUUCUUUCUUCAGCUUUACAAAGACUAGAAACUUGUUUACAGACUAGCUUGCUCGCAAUAGGCAACCUUUUACAAACUGACUGUUAAUCUUACUUUAAAGCUGCCGCUUCCCACUCGCAAACAAGGAGCAGAAAGCCAGCAUCCCCACGUCACACAGGGGUUAGGAGCUUUGUGGGACGAGACUGUUCUCACCUGGUCAUUCCAGGCUUAGCAAGACAGAACCAGGCCCAGCACCGGAGCUGACAGCAAACAUCUCAUCUGCAAGGAUCCUGGAAGACCUGCCCUGUGCUCCACAGACCUUCCUCUAGCUAAAGCCAGGGGAAAAAAACAUCUAACCUAGAAACCACUGUCUAGCCUUCUUAAGGAAAUGUUAAAAGAGAGGGGGGAAAGAACUGUGUGUGACUGGACAACCUCCAGGCUGUACAUACAUAGCUUGACUGUAAUCUGAGCAUAAUGGUUGUCUUUUUCUAAGUGAAACUAGUGCCAAUGCUUACAAAUUUCUGUUUGCAGUUUUAUGGGGCAAGAGCUGCGGUCGAUACUCUCACAUAAAAUGUAAUACUAUCAUCAUGUGCCAAAAUACUAACUGAAAAGAUUCAUUAUUUUGUAAUUUAAUACCUUAUAAAUUAUAUGGAGAUCAUAUGUUGACUGACACUCACAUCUGGUAGGAUAGUUCUUGACUAAUCUUUUUUCUAGGUCAGGUAUACCAAGUAAAUGCUCUACGGUUUGUGUAUAAAUAACCAAUUAUGCAUUCAGAAAGAGGAAAAGUAAUUUUUCAGAUGCUGGUAAAGCCAGGCUGGGAGGAACGAUGGUGGUAAAUGAAAAGUGGAUUCACAGCUUUUCUGGCUAACAUGCAGCAGUGUUCCUUCUGCUUAACAAAGGGCUAUUGUCAGCAAACAGCACACACCAGAACUAGGAGUUUAGAAGC